AUAUUUUUAUUAUUUGUAUUGUAAUUUUUAAUUAUUUUAAUUUGUGUAAAUGAGCUAGUUAGAGCCCGGAUCAUUUUUUGAUAUUUAGUAGAUCUGGAUCAUAACGUCUCAUAAUAUGAUAAAUUGAUAUUUAUUUAAUCACAAAGCCGUUAGGAGUAUCAGGAAACGAUGGGUAAAUAGGAAUCGACCCUUUAGGGAUAAUCGCAGCUCCUGAUAGGGGCAGCGAAAAUUCGACGAGAAUUUUCCAAGAUCUAAGGGGAAAUUCCACCAAAUUUUUUAAUCAAGAAAACGAUAAUCAUAGUUAAUAUAUUGUUUAAAUUAAAAAUAAAUUGUUUUUAUUAAAUAUUAUCAAAUUAUACAACUUGAACAUUAAAAUAGAAACGGUUUUAUUUUCUAGAUACUAAAUUACGCAGAGUAAAUAUAAAUCAAGUCACGCAUAAAAUAACGUACAAAAUGGAUUCAAUCAGAACUAAAAAAUCAUCAAAGAAAGCCUGGAUAGUGGGAACGACCCUGGUCUUGGGAGUCUUAAUAGUGGGAGUAAUAGUGUGCCUGGCAAUAAGUGGCGUCUUUGAUAGCGAUAAGGAUGAAAAGGAGGUGAAAAUUGAUGUUCCAGUAAUAACAACUUUGCCACAGGCGUUUGAAUUCAUAGACGAAGUUUACAAGAAAAACUUCCCUGGAGAAGAUGGUGCAGUAGCAGAAGAGUUGAAAACCUUGGAGUCGAUUAAAAACCAAAUGAUUUCUAGGUUGGACGCAAAGAAACAAGCUGAAGAUGAGGAAAAGAAGUUGAAAGAACAACAACAAAAAGAACAGGAGUUGAUAGAGGCAGAAAUUAAGAAAACAGAGGAUGGUGACCCAAAAAAAGAACCAAGUGCUGUUGCCAGCCCUGAAGGUAAUACCAACCUGACAGUAAACAAAGAUGCUACAGUAACUCCAGGGACUGGUCAUGGCGAUGGUAAAGGGACAGAAGAUGCCGGAAAAGUUGGAGGUGCUGGAGGUAAAGAUAUCCCUGACCCCAAAAUAGUUUCGGAUUCUUCAAAAGGAAACCCUAGGACGGACGACAAUAAAUAAGAAAAUGAAGGGGGGAACCAUAGAAUGGAGGAGGAAAUCAACAUGAUAGACAAAAGUUUUGUUGAAUAAUUUAAAUGAGGGAAGAAUUUUGAAGAAUUUUUUAGAGUACGAACCUUAAAUAAAGUUCAAGAAUAUUUUUGAUUAUGUAAAUUACUCAUGUUGUAUAAGUAAAAA